AUGGUUGAUGCCACCCAUUUGGAGUUAUUGGCCAGAGACACUCCAAUAAUGAAGUUAGAAUCCAUGAAUGAAGACUAUAGAUCAGGAAUAAAGGGCAAAAUAAAGCCUGUUCGCAUUGUUGAUGUUCUUGGACAUUCUCGUCUUCGACCCAAACUAGAUAAGUUCUUGCCUCAAGCAACUAGCAUAGUUUUUGCGGUACACGCUUUGGAAUUCCGGCCAAACUAUCAAGCAGUGUCAGAGUACCUUUAUGAUAUUUUGACCAGGGCUAGUGUUGUCAGAAAGAAAAUUCCAGUACUUAUCCUCUGCAACAAAGUAGAUAAAGUGACUGCACAUACCAAGGAGUUCAUACGAAAACAACUCGAAAAAGAAAUGUAUGAACUCAAGGUUAAUGUAGCCAUAUGA